UAUGUAGAUAAUGAAAGUUUUAGUCUCUUUGGUAAUAUUGAGUGCAUUUUGUCAUUUAGUGAGGUGUGACAUUUUUAAAAAUGACACAUUCGAAAAUACCACCAAAUACUUCCCUCAUGGACCUCUCAUAAAGUGCAAAUUUCUCCCCUUGGAGUUUUUGGACUGUGAUGACCCUUUUGACCACAAAGGAAACAAAACAGCUCGAGAUGAAGCUGGGCAUGGCUGUGUUAAGUUUGGAAAUUACCGUUAUGAAGAUGUUGAAAAAACAGCGGUGACUUGUCAUGUUCUACCAGGAAUUGAGUGUCAUGGGAAGAGAUCUUUUCUUAGACCAGGCUUUCCAUGUGUGAAAUACAGUGGUCAUUACUUUGUCACAACAUUGAUGUACAGCAUUUUGCUAGGUUUCUUGGGCAUGGAUAGAUUUUGCCUCGGUCAGACAGGCACUGCCGUUGGAAAGCUUCUCACUCUUGGAGGUUUGGGAGUCUGGUGGGUUGUCGAUGUGAUCCUCUUGAUUACGAAUGGCCUUGAACCAGAGGAUGGAUCCAAUUGGAACCCUUACACCUGAGUCCCAGGCUGAAAUCCUGGAGUUCAAAUGAGAAAACUGGUGUAGGAACGUUUUGGUUACCUCUUCUGCGACCUUAAGUCUUCUUGCUCGUUCUUAAGUUCAUGGGAAACCCACAACAUUGACCUACAACCUUAGUGCAAAUAUGCGUUUUCCAGAAAGGAAUUGGGUCUGCUACGAAACUGACCAUUGAAUAAGUGCUGGUGUUUGAGUGUCAUCAUUAAGGAAGUUUUUUUUUGUGUUUCAUCUCUUUUUGUACCCAAUGUUUAUCCAUCGUAAGUUUUUGGAAGAUUCCAAGACGAUACUCAAGCAAAAAUACCCCUUCCCAAUUAAAAAUGCUGUAAAUUUCCUUGAAAGUCAACUUAGAUUCUGCCUUAAAAUCUAAGUGAUUAUUGUAGACAUUGUUUUACCAAAGGCAUGUUGAAUAUGUCUAUAAUAAUAAAGGUAAAGUUUAAUCACCGCUGCCAGUUCUGCUAGUAAAACGAUUUUGGGAUUCGGAA